AAGAGCUUCAGCCAGAAGGGCGACCUGAUGCGGCACCAGCGCAUCCACACCGGCGAGAAGCCGUUCGAGUGCACCGUCUGCGGCAAGAGCUUCUGCUCCAAGCAGACCUUCGUCCUGCACCAGCGCAUCCACACCGGCGAGAAGCCCUUCUCCUGCGCCGAGUGCGGCAAGAGCUUCAACCGCAAGGCCAACUUCAUCACCCACCAGAAGAUCCACCGCGGCGAGCGCCCCUUCAUCUGCGCCGAGUGCGGCAAGGGCUUCUGCGCCAAGAAGACCUUCAUCCUCCACCAGAAGAUCCACGUCGGCGACCGGCCCUUCGGCUGCUCCGAGUGCGGCAAGAGCUUCAGCCCGCAAGCCCCCCAGCGCAUCCACACCGGCGAGAAGCCCUUCGCCUGCACCGAGUGCGGCAAGAGCUUCAACCGCAAGGGCACCCUCAUCACCCACCAGCGCAUCCACACCGGCGAGCGCCCCUUCGUCUGCCCCGAGUGCGGCAAGACCUUCAACCUGAAGACCACGCUGAUGAAGCACAAGCGCAUCCACACGGGCGAGCGGCCCUUCACCUGCCUGGAGUGCGGCAAGAGCUUCAAGUACAAGGGCAACCUCCGGACCCACCACCUCACCCACACGGUGGAGCGGGUCUACCCCUGCACCGAGUGCGGCCGGGUCUUCAGCCACAAGAAGGAGCUGACGGCGCACCAGGGCGCGCACGCCGAGGAGAGGAUCCUCUCCCGCUACCGGGAGGGAGAGUCCUUCAGCCCCUUCCUCCCCGUGCCCCCGCUCCUCGUGCCCCGCGCCCAGCUCCCGGUGCCGCUGGAAGCCCUGUCCCAGUACAAGUAG